GUGAACAUGGUCAGGAAGAAUCUUCGCAUUUUUGCAGUCAUUCUAUUUCAAUACCAUGUAGAACUUGCGAAGAUGUUGAUUUUUGACAGAGUCGUAGCGCAAAAUCUAUCCACCGCGCUCAUAUUCGAAGACGACGUCGAUUGGGACGUACGAAUUCGGGCCCAGCUCCUAGAUCUAUCUCGCGCAUCUCGCAGCCUACCGAAGUUAAAUCUUGAAGUCGAGGAAGACUCGUACAUUCCCUUAGUAUCUGAACAUCCAGAUUUAGACCCAACCGAUAUCGCGAAACGUUCUUCAAUACCGCUCUCCUCCGACUCCGGCCAGGCACACGAAUCUCCAUAUGGGCGCGAUUGGGAUGUCCAAUGGCUAGGUCACUGCGGAGCUAGUCUUCCACCUCCGUCGCCCAUGCACCCGACGAGCAUUUUCAAAUCCAAUGAUCACACGGUUCCUUCCGCGGAGCAUCUACGGUUUCGUUCCAGUGCGCCUCAAGACGAAAUUGCAACCUUAUAUCCUCCUUAUACACGACUCUAUCAUCGCACUGCUAACAGCACGCUGUGUUUGCAUGCGUAUGCCGUGACGCAACGUGGGGCUCGUAAGCUUCUGUAUCAAUUUGGAAUGAGAGACUUUAGCCAAGGGUUCGAUUUUGCUUUAAGCGACUACUGUGGUGGGGAUCUGCAUAGAAAGACUGGAGAAACCGAGGGGCAGAGACCAAUGUGUCUUACCGUGCAGCCACCGCUGUUCAGUCAGUUCUGGGGUGAGCAUGGUGAAAGCGACAUCAUGAGUCCAGGGCGAGAAGGAAGAAUGGUUGGCAGUCGAUACAUACGGUGGAGUGUUAGAGCCGGUUUGGAGGCGGCGGUCAGUGGGUUAGAGGUAGAUGAUCAGUGGCCGGAUGGGGAGAGUUGAGCUAUCAUGAUCUUGGUUACAUCGAUAGGGGCGGAUUUCCUUUCUCGUUCAUGACUUUACGAUGCUCGUUCUUCUAAGGUCAUUUGAUCACACUGUCGGAACAUUACACAUGCUGGCGUAGUCGGCCGGUGACACUUGGCGGUUCAAUUUCCGAACCUGAUACCAUAACGCACUACGUUUGAUUUGUGUUACUAUAAGAUGUAGACAUAUAUCACAACUCCAAUGCAAAAUGUAUGAAUGAGAUUGGACGAGAGUUUUGUGGGUCGCGACACAGACCGGCUGUACAACAAUCCAAGUGGUACGCAAAUCUAGGUACCUAGGUAUGUUGUACUGUGCGGGGGAUGCUAAGCACUGUCCUACAUGCUAAGUAAUUUGCGAAUUGUUUACGCUUGUGAGUGUAACGUCAACCUCGCUCGAAUAAUUUGGCAAGCUGCACGUUUAGUCACGAGCCUCUAAAUAUGUCAAUGAGCCUCAGAUCACAUGAUAUCAGUGGCGAAUGAUCUUGAAAUCGAUUGAGAAAAGCGGAAUCUUCGUGCGAGGUUUCUAUUAGCCGAAGUCUUUGGAAUUUAAUCGGCAGGUCAUUGAUUCUGAAUAAGAUACAUGUGAGAUUGUUGAAAUCAUGAGCGAGAAUUACCCACAUUACAGGCUGCGUGAAUUGCUUCCCCAACCGCCCGAGUCUCUGCAUAUC